UUUUAUAUGAGUGAAAAAAGCGAGAUGAGUGAAAAAAGAAAAAGAGAAAAUGAACUUGAAAAGCCAGUGUGCAAAUACGGUGAAAAAUGUUAUAGGAAAAACCCAGUUCAUCUUGAAGAGUACUUUCACCCAGAAAAAUUGGAACAAAGGCAAGAACGGAAAAGGAUGAAAGUCAAUGAACUGGAAGAGGGGACCACAAGUUUUGAAGAUAAAUCAGAAAAAACACAAAUUGUCCCAUUUUUGUUAACAAAAGUUAGAAACAUCCCAGAAAGGUUUAACACAAGUACAAUAGCUGUUGGGCUGAGAGAUAUUUUGUCAUCCAAAAUGGGAGAUUUACAAGCCUCAGUACAGUUCAAUUACAUGUUUGAUAUUCCUUGGUUAAUCGACCAUUACCCUUCAGACAAGAGAUCAAAGCCAUUACUCAUUGUCCAUGGUGAUCAACGUGAGAAGAAACGGGAGCUUGAAAGAGAAGCAGAGCCAUUCCCAAAUGUUCAACUUUUCCAGGCAAAACUUUUAAUCUCUUUUGGGACACAUCACAGUAAAAUGAUGUUACUGUUGUAUACGGAAGGGCUACGUGUGGUCAUCACUACGGCAAAUCUUAUCCAUUCAGAUUGGGACCAGAAAACACAAGGGGUGUGGAUAAGUCCCUUGUUUCCGAAAUACUCCCGAGAAAACCAAAACGUGAUGGAGCCAUUGCAAUUUCAAAAAGAUUUAAUGAGUUAUUUGCAUCAAUACGGUCCUGGGCCGUUGAUGGAAUGGAAACAGCAUUUGGCAGAACAUGACAUGUCGAAGGCAAGGGUUCGUCUCAUAGCGUCAGUGCCAGGGAGACAUGUUGGUACAAAUAAGGAUAGAUGGGGUCAUCUGAAGCUGAGAAAGCUGUUGCAGCAGUAUGGUGAGUUUGAUGACGUCAAUUCUUGGCCUGUGAUUGGUCAGUUCUCCAGUAUCGGUUCUCUUGGGCCAGAUAAAUCGAACUGGCUUUGUUCCGAGUGGUUGAAGAGUUUAUCGACAAGUAAAAACGAGGCGUCUUCGACUCGGCAUAGUCCAAAUUUACAUCUGGUAUUUCCUUCAGUUGAAGAUGUAAGGACAAGCUUAGAAGGUUACAUUGCCGGAGGAUCUCUUCCCUACAGUUUGAAAACCGCGUCUAAACAGCCAUAUCUGCAAGAGUUCUUCUGUCGUUGGCAAAGUGAAAGUUUGGGCCGAAGUCGCGCCUCGCCUCAUCUCAAAUCCUAUGCAAGAAUAUCACCAGAUCUAACCAAGGCCGCUUGGUUUAUUAUGACAAGUGCGAAUCUUUCAAAAGCUGCCUGGGGAGCAUUGGAAAAGAGCGGUAGUCAACUCAUGAUCAGAUCUUACGAGAUUGGCGUUCUGUUUUUACCUCAAGAUUUUGAUCAUUCGGAAAAGUUUUUUCAUUUAGCUAAGAAUCAUGCAACAUCAAAUGGUUUUGUCUUGAAGAUACCAUACGAUCUACCAGUGAUCCCAUACACUGAUAAAGAUCGACCCUGGGUUUGGGACCGUCAAUACGAGCGACCAGAUGUUCACGGACACCGAUGGACUCCAUGAUUUACCUUGUGAUAUUAGG